UCAAUAGCGCACUUUUACUUUCUUAUAUUGCAAUACGAGCACACAGAGUACCGUCGAUAGUCAGCUGAACAGGUUUACCAUCUUUGACAUUUUGUUGUUAUUAUUUUUUUUAAUACGAUAGCUAUUUUUUUUCUUUUAAUCGCUCUUCUCUCAUUCUUUUUUCGUUCGCUUCGCUCUAUUCAACGUCGUCGUCGUCGUUUUACUUACCUUUUUAAUUUCUAUCUCAAAUUCCAACAGUUCGAGAAUAAUCGAGUGAAUUUUGUCGGCUGAUUGUCGCUUGUAUAUUAAAUACAUUUACGUAUACGUCGUGUAUGAUUUUUAUACGUGAUUUUAAUUGACCAUAUUAUAUGUACUUGAUUAUUUUUGACGCGAGUGUGCGAUAUUUUUUUAUCGAAAAAUCAAUCGCGUAUUCGGGUUUGCGAUUUUCGCGAUUUUUUUCGCACCACUGUAAUCGCGAGAUAAGUUACUUUUUUUUCUAAAAGUUUGCAAAGUGCGCCGCCAAAACGGAUACCAUAAGGAUAACGGAGUUCGCCCACAGCAAACUCGCGCUUCAAGACGGAUUUUUUAAUUUUUCACAGGCUUUUAGCCAUUCCGGCAAGCUGGAUCAAAACGUGACAUUAUCGGAAAACACCACCGCCUCGGUGGUGUUAUGUGGCGGGUUCACUCCGCCCCCACAGCCGGACUUCGAGUUCAAGAUGUCCGGCUUUGUUCGUAUGGCGAUAGAUCGAUAUGUAAACCUGGUUGAUUCCAUUAGCGAUCCAAGAGUGAACGAUUGGCCAUUGAUGGACAGUCCACUUCCUACAGUAGCCUUAGUGGUGGCUUAUUUAUACGUAGUCAUGUUCCUAGGACCAAGAAUGAUGGCCAAUAGAAAACCGUUUAAAUUAAACGAAAUAUUGGUCAUUUACAAUGCCAUUCAAGUCAUAUUUAGUUUACUUAUGUUAUGGGAGCAUUUAAUGAGCGGCUGGUUAUUAGAUUACAGCUACAAAUGUCAGCCAGUUGACUAUUCGCAUAAUCCUACCGCCUUAAGGAUGGCGAACUUAUGCUGGUGGUACUACAUUUCGAAACUAACCGAAUUUGCUGACACGUUGUUCUUUGUCUUGCGCAAGAAAGACAACCAGAUCAAUCUGUUACACUUGUACCAUCACUCGUUGACACCGAUCGAAACUUGGAUUUGUGUAAAAUUCAUCGCAGGUGGCCAUGGAACAUUUUCAAAUUUGGUGAACAACAUGGUCCAUGUGGUUAUGUACUGUUAUUACAUGAUUUCCGCUAUGGGACCUCAAUACCAGAAGUACCUUUGGUGGAAAAAACACUUAACUAGUCUUCAAUUGGCGCAGUUCAUGUUAGUCUUCAUCCACUCGGCUCAAGUACUAGUCUACGACUGCGGCUACCCCAAGCUGAUAGCAGCCUUGCUGCUCGUCCAUUCGACCAUAUUCUUCGGCCUGUUCUUCGAUUUCUACCAGCAAGCUUACCGAAGACGAAGAAGGCUCGAGGCGAAAUUGGCUAAAAUGCAAUAAGCAAACAUAGAGACUGGGGACUGACAAGAAGAAUUUAUUUAUAUCGAUACCAAAAAAACAGAAAUAACAACAAAACGAAGUAUUUUAAACCACCACUACUACGAAGAAAAUUCUCCGAAAGAUAAUAAGACGCGCUCGCCAAGACCAGCAGCGUGUUUCUAUGUAUACCUGAUGCCGGGCUUAGCCUAAGUGUAACGAAAGGACGUGAUAAGUUAUUAUGUAGUACGAAGUACUUACUCCAAGUACUGUACAUGUAUUAAAAGUGUGUAAAACGCCACGACGACCACGACUGGUUACCCAUGUUACAUUGUGAUAGAGAAACUUACGUUUUUUACCAGUUUCACCCUUACUUAUUGUGUGUUUUUUUUCCUCUCAUGUUCUUAUAAGUAUAGAAUAGUAGAUGAAAAAAAAUUGUUUUUAGUGUGUAGGUACUGUGUAUGUAUUUGUCAUUGAUGUUUGUAAUGUAUUAAGUAGGUAAGUCUACGUGUGAGAAAGUAAGAAUGUAUUUUGUUUCAAAAGUAAGUAGGUAAGGUAAGGCACCUACCUACUCAGGUACGUUGAAUGUACCAGAGGAUCUGAAGAGAACGAAAAAUCAAAAAUUAAUCAAAAUUUUAUCGAUUUAUUUUUUUAAAAAUAGCUUUAGAUAAUAUUUUGUUUUAUGUUUUAAGAUUUUGUUUUUCCAUCAUUGAAUUUUCAACGUUCUACUCGUAUUUUAUUCGCUACGUGCAUUUUUUUAUUUCCCUUCAAUGGCGAAAAAAAACAAUACCAUUUUUUUUUUUUAUUUUUGAAAAGACUUUUAUCAGACGAACUAGAAGAUGAGACUUUUUUCUACCCUUCUAGCUUCGUUAACCCAUUUUCUUUCUUUCUUUUUUUUUUUGUUUUUUGAAUUUCUUAUAAACCAAAUUUUUUAUUGCGUUUACGGCUGUGUACAAUGUUAGAGCGCCAACACAGGAUAAGUUCUCGAGUGAUAUUGUACCUGAAAAAUUCUGCCUCAUCCUGAUCACCAUAAUAUUGCCAAAUCGCCAACGUUUGUAAAUAGUUGUAAACACAUCUCGUACUUUAAUAGGAAAGAUAGCUGCGCAGAAAAAAAAAAGAAAAUUAAUGACGAUGCGAUAUGCGAUUCCAUGACAAAAAACCAAAUAAAUUACCUACGUAGAACCCAAAUAAGUAAGCCUACCGCGUUCCCGUGUCAAAAACUAUUUUUAUGAAAAUAAUUUUCUCAUCAAAUUAGCUAGCAUUUAAUUUAAAAUAUACGAUUUUAUUUGUUAAGUACUCUUGUAAUUUAUUUUAUCGUUUUAUAAUAAUUUUGAUGAUCAUGAUGAAAGAAAAGCUGAUUUAAAAAAAGAAAAUGAAUAAAAAAAAACAUUUUACAUCUAUGUAUGAUACGCGCGUAAACUGCUCAAUAAUUUGUAAUUUGUAUGCUGUUAUUAGAUAUUAUUCGUUUUAUACUCUAUAGAUACGUACGUAUGUGUUUAAAAAACAAAAUGUAAAAAAAAAACGAUAUUUGUAUCUACUGAUGACGAUACGAAACAAUUUUGUGUGAGUCUAUGUGUUGUGUAAAUACAUGUAAUUGUGUCCAUUUUAAAAUGUGUGAUGUAAAUAGUAUUAUCAAAAUAUACUUAUAAUCUCGAUAUUUUAUAUA